AUGUUACGUCUGUCGAUCUACAGGCAGAUGGCCGUGCCGGGCGUCAGUGCCGGAUUCAGACACUUUUCUGUCUCCGCCGUCGCCGCCAACCAAAACCAGGGCAAGCUGCCCCUUGAGGUCUUCUUCAACACCUUCAAGACCGAAAUCAAGAAGUCCAGCGAGCUCAAGGACAACAUCAAGGCUUUGCAGGACGAGACCGGCCGUGUGGCCGAGAGUGAUGCAUUCAAAAAGGCCAAGGAGGCCUACGACAGAGCGCAGAAGGGUUCUUCGGCAGCAGGCAAGAUGGCCAAGAAGACCGCUACUGCUGUGGGAGGAGCUGCUUACAAAGCAUGGGAGUCUCCUGUUGGUAAAGGUGUUCGUCUCACGGUGAAGACCGGAGCCGAUGCCGCCGACAAGGCUUUUGACCCUGUCAGACAGACCCAGGUGUACAAGGAUGUGAGUGAUGUGAUUGACGAUGGAUCGCUGAACAUGUACGGUGGGUUCUUGACCAAGGAGCAGAGAGAGGCAUUGAGAAAGAAGGAGCUACAAGACAGGCUCUUGAAGGGCAAGGUGUGGAAGCCCGUGAAGGAAAACGAAAACAGCCUGGGUGCGCUUGUGGCUACUGAGCACAAGGCUAGAGGACCCAGUGCGUCUGAAAGAUGGGAGCAGUUCAAGUUGAAGAACCCUGUGGGCCGUGGAAUCGUGUACCUCAAGGAGAAGUGGGAGGACAGUGAAAACGGGUUGAUUGCCCUCAUCCGUACCAUCAUCGAAAAGGUGACGGGUUUCUUCUCCGAGACCGAGCAGGCCAAGGUGAUCAAGCAGUUCCGCAUGAUGGACCCCAACUUCCGUGUCACCGACUUCACCAAGACCUUGACCAACUACAUUGUGCCUGAGUUGUUGGACGCUUACAUCAAGAAUGACGCCGAGGUUUUGAAGAGCUGGUUGAGCGAGGCUCCUUUCAACGUGUGGCAGGCCAACAACAAGCAGUUCAUCCAGCAAGGCUUGUUCUCAGACGGCCGUAUCUUGGACAUCCGUGGUGUCGACAUUGUCACCUGCAAGAACCUCCAGCCCAACGACACCCCAGUGAUUGUGGUGAGCUGCAGAGCCCAGGAGGUUCACUUGUACAGAAAAGCCAAGACCGGCGAGGUGGCCGCUGGUACGCCCGACCAUAUCCAGAUGAGCACGUACGCCAUGGUGUUCACGAGGGUUCCUGAGGAGAUGGACAACGAUGUGACUGAGGGCUGGAAGGUGAUUGAGUUUGCCCGUGGAGGUUCUCGUCCUUUCCACUGA